GAAAUUUGCCGCCUAGAUCGUGAAAAUCUGUAAAAUAUGUUGCAACACACAGUGAAGUUUGGAAAACAUCUGCGUACUAUUGCGACAGUUACUUGUAAUCGUUUGCUAAAUGUUUCUACAAAUAACGCAUCCUACAGUACCAUGGCCCUGAUACGUAAUAAAAAUGUAGUACUUAAAUGUAAGGAAAGGAAUCUUCUUCACAACGUGAAGCGUUUUAUGUUUAUUCAAACACAAGACACUCCAAAUCCUGACAGCCUGAAAUUCCUACCUGGAGUGGCCGUACUAGAAAAGGGACAAACAAUGGAUUUUCCGUCUGUUUCAACAGCACAGUGCAGCCCACUAGCAAAAUUGCUCUUUCGCAUAGAAGGGGUUAGAUCAGUGUUCUUUGGUAGCGAUUUUGUAACCAUUUCGAAGCAAGAAGAUGCUGAGUGGCGCAUCAUAAAGCCCGAGGUGUUUGCCGUUAUCAUGGAUUUCUUCGCGUCUGGACUUCCGAUUGUGACUGAUGCGAAGCCUAACCCCGAUACGCAGAUUAACGAAGAUGACGAUGAAACAGUACAGAUGAUCAAAGAGCUUCUUGAUACGCGCAUUCGACCGACAGUGCAAGAAGACGGUGGUGAUAUUAUCUUCAUGGGUUUUGACGAUGGCAUUGUUAAGCUCAAGAUGCAAGGAUCCUGCUCAUCCUGUCCAAGUUCGAUUGUGACGCUCAAGAACGGAGUACAGAACAUGUUACAAUUCUACAUACCGGAAGUAGUCUCAGUGGAACAAGUGACAGACGAAGUAGACAAAAUCACAGAACAAGAAUUUUCUCGGUUAGAAAAACAGAUUCGGCAGAAAGAUGAACCAUCGGUAGACAAAAACGUCAAAGAUUAAAGAAGUUAUUUAGCUUUUGUUUUUGAUUGUUAGACUGAUGCUGUUUGC